CCCCGCCCCGGCAGCGCGGCCUGUGCGGAGCGGCCGCGGCCAUCCCGGGGCGCGGGCAGGUGGAGCCUUUUCCUCCGGGAUGGCAUCGAGGAUGGUUCCCAAAGUGAAUUCCAAGCAGGGAGGAUCUCCAUGCCAGGAGAAGCAGGUGGUGCUGCUCAGCCCCCUGGGCAGGAUGGAGAUCUGGGGCUGUGACAAGGGCGUGCAUGAAAUAAAACUUCCCAAAGCGAGCCUGCUGCCACGGGGGGCAGAGCCCUCGGGGGCGUGCGAGGUGUGCGAGGCGUGCGAGGAGCUGCCGGAGCCCCUGCAGCAGUGCACAGCCUGGCUGCGAGCCUACUUCUGUGAGCCUGCCAGCACCGGGAGCCUGCCCCUGCCAGCCCUGCACCACCCCCUGCUCCGGAGAGAUUCCUUCACCAGGCAGGUGCUGUGGACGCUGCUGAACGAUGUCAAGCUUGGGGAGGCGGUUUCCUACAAGCAGCUGGCGGAUCUUGCUGGCAACGGGCGGGCAGCGCGCGCCGUGGGGGGAGCCAUGAGGAGCAACCCGAUCCCCAUCAUCAUCCCGUGCCACAGGGUGAUCCGCAGCAGCGGGGACAGCGGCAGCUACGGCGGGGGCCAGCUGAUGAAGGAGUGGCUGCUGCGCCACGAGAGGCUGCACAAGGAGAAGCUGGCACAGGGAGGGGGCCGCUCACCAGCCCCGGCACACGGCCACGGCUCCUCGGCCUGAAACGAGCCCCCUCUCUCUCACAGCACCCAGCAGAAUUCAGGAAAAUGGUAAAUAUUUGAGUGACACAUAAAUAUAAUGCAACAUCCAAAGUGAAAUGUGUGGUGGCACCGCUAUAUUAAAAAAGCGGGAUGCGUCCUGGGGGAGGCAGCUCGGCUGCCCUUUCUUGUUUUUACAUUUUACAGCAGAAUGACUACAGCGAUCCGGGCCUGUUGUGCAUGGAUUUUGUUCCCGUCUCCAGCCCUGUUUUGUUCUAUUUUUAAUGUCCAUUAAAGCAGGGAUAAGGGAGUGGGAGGGACGUGGCCAGUGUGAGGUGGAGGCUUCCCCCUGAGGAGGUGUCUGGCUCACGGCGAGUGGCCCAGCCUGGCACGGGGGCCCUGCCCGGCUCCCCCUCCCCACUUUGGGGCAUAAAAUGGUUUUUUACCUGAGCAGGAGUUACAGGAGCACAGUGAGAUCCGUGCAGAAGCAGGCAGCUGUUGAAUUCCUUGCUCCUGCAUUUUCUUUUUGGGCUGGAAGAUGGGAAUUUUUUUUUUUU